AUGUCACGACGAAUCUCCAGGGAAUGUCUACGGAUCCGCAAAUAUGAUUCAAACCGGGCAAAUGAAGGCGGGAAUGCCCACAAUAACCUAUUCGAGCGCAUCAAAGCACGACACCAACAUCCUGAUUGCAUUGUAGGAUCAUCACAAAGUCCUCUAAAUACAAUGACAAGGCCAUGCUCCCUUGAUCCAGCCAUUGUGGCCUCGGCAUGGUCACAAGAAAAUCGCCAGACGCCUCGAAGAAUUGCAUGCCGCAUUUCGACAAACUGGACAGCAAGAUACAACCUAUUCUACCGGUUUGUGGAAGAAAUAUCUGUGGACGCGAUAUAUCAGUACAUCUUCCGCACCACGGACAGUCUGGGUAAUGCAGUCGCUGCUGUAACGACUCUGAUUGUCCCGCACAAUUCGGAUUCAUCGAAGCUACUCGUCUACCAGGCGGCGUAUGAUGCCGCGAACGGAGACUGCAGUCCAUCGUAUACCCUGCGGCCUGGAUCCUCGAGCGCCGGACUCCUAGGUCUCCUAAUGCCAAAUAGUACAACAUUCACAGAGGGAAUAUUUUUAGCUGCCGCGCUGAACCGAGGGUGGUGGGUGAUGGUAACUGACUAUGAAGGGCUGGAAGCUCAGUUCAUCGCCGGCCUGCAAUCUGCCUAUGCCACGCUCGACUCGGUCCGCGUAGUGAUCAACGAGGGACACAAGAUCGGGCUGGCUCCCGAUGCCCGGUACGUGAUGUGGGGCUAUUCUGGAGGAGCAUUUGCCGGUGGGUGGGCUGCAGAGCUUCAACCAUCAUAUGCGCCAGAGUUACAUUUCUCAGGGGCCGCCUUAGGCGGCAUAAUUGUCAAUACCACCUCCGUCGUAGAAUCGAUUAAUAGAGGGACAUUUUCGGGUCUCAUAUUUAGAGGCUUCUAUGGCGCUGCCAAAGCCUAUCCCAACCUCACUGACUGGAUGGAUGGGAAUAUGCUGCCCGACAAAAGAGACGACUUUUUCAAACACGCCACCAAUUGCCAGAUCCAGGGAAUUGACGGGAGAUUCCACGAUGUUUUCUCUUAUUUUGUUGACGGCGACCGGUCGAUAUAUGGGCCUGUCCCCGCAACUGUGCUUGACUGGUCUGGGCAGAUGGGCCGUCGCGGGUCCCCGACUAUGCCGUUGUUCAUAUACAAGGCCGUCGGGGAUGAGAUUAGCCCUAUUGAGGACACCGACAAGCUGGUACAUCAAUACUGUAGUAACGGGGCCACCAUUGAGUACCAUCGAAAUGUAAUAGGGGAGCACGUCACUGAAGCCCUCAUCGGAUCGUCCCUCUGCCAUUUCAACACUCGGCAUAGAAUUGUACUCUUUCCUAAGGUCGAUUCAAAGUGCUGGCCUAGGACCUCCGUCUUGAGUGUAGUAUAUGAAGGACGCUAUUUCCCAUCCUUGAUCCUAUUUCAGUUGGACACCGGCAUGCUACCGAGUCGUGGGUCAUUUCAGGGCAUAUGCCAGAAGCUCGAUGCAGCUAUUCGUACAAAUCUCACCAUCUAUCUGCCAUCUUCCGGGCUCUCUGAUACAAGGCAGGAAUAUAAGGAAGGGAGUUAG